UUUUUUUUGCUCCGUGUAAAAACAGAAUUCAGCCAUGUAUUCUGUUGGGAAUUUUUUUUCAACUGUCACGAAAUUUUAUAAUGAAAUCAAUCCUGCAACACUCUCAGGUGCCAUUGACAUUAUCGUGGUCCAACAAGCUGAUGGCGAACUUGCUUGUUCACCUUUCCAUGUCCGCUUUGGAAAACUCAGCAUUCUAAGACCGCAAGACAAAGCCGUUGAAGUUCGAGUCAAUGGCGAAGUUGUUCCGUUUGCAAUGAAAGUCGGUGACGCUGGCGAGGCCUUCUUUGUGCUCGAAACGAAUGACUAUGUGCCUGACGAGUUUGCAACUUCACCUCUCGCUGCCCCAGCAGAUGAGAGCGACUUGGCACCGGUUGACUACUUUGAUCUUAAUAACGCACACCAUCAACAGCGAGAGCAAGGCAAGUUAUUGGAAGGCUCGAGUGGGCAAUACCCACAAGGGGACGAAGACAACGGAUAUGUGAGCGCAGCAAGUGGUCAUGGCUCGGCCUUUGAAGAAAGUCUAAAGGAUGACAGCGAUCAUGAGUCUGUUACCUCGUUUACAUCUCCUUCUACAAAAGCAACACAAGUUAAUGGAGACGAAUCAACUGAAUCCUUUGAAAGGAUGCCUGGAUCCUUUGAUCCACCACACGAAGCACUACAGGAGCCAGCAUCGCCUCUUCCUUCAUUACCAUCUAAUCCUCAAUCAUCCAAAAAAGGCAAACAGAGUGCAGAUGCCACUCCUCCAGUUCUCAAUAAGGUGAAAUCUGGAUUUCCCAUCAAUGACAUCUUUCCAACAGUGGUUCACGAAGAACAUCCAAAUGAAGCUGAAUUCAACGCUAGUCGUCGCUCAAGAGAACGUCGCAGAAGCGAGGUUCUAUUUGACAUGACUGGAUACAAAACUGACUCUUGUUCAGAGUCCUCCGACGAUGAGAACGAACUUCCGCGAGGAAUUCUAUCUGACAGCGAGCGUCAUAAUCGUGGCUUGAGGAAAAGGUUUAGCAAGAAAAAAUCCGAUCUCACAAAAGAUCAGCGGCAGAAACUUCUGGAUGACAUCAAGCAAGGCACCUUCUUAAAACCUGACGAUAGCUUGGAUUCUGUGCAAGCCGAGCGUCAAGCUUCAAGAGCUCAUCACAAGAAGAAACGAGCUGGUAUUCCGAGUGGAUGGCACGGACGGAAGGGAAGAAAGAGAGCGAAUAGCAUGCCAACUCUUGGUGAACCAGAUGUACCUCUUCCUACGUUUGCAAGAAAUAUCAAACGCCAUCAUGAGUCUCAACCCAAAAAAACAACGACAACAGCAGAGGACCCCCCAAAACGAGAGCCACGUCCAAGCGUCAUGAGCGAUACUGAAAUGGAGUAUGAAACAAGGGCAGCGCCCACAGGAACUCAAGGGAAAGAAUGGACAUGGGGGUGGGGCGGAUUGCCUGUGAAACAAAAUAAUCCGGACGAAGAAGACGAGGUCAAGGAGGAGUCGCAAACAAAGACGCCGGAAGAUCCAGUUGAAAUUGAGACAAAGGAAUUGCAGAUGGGAUCCACGACCUGUCGUGUAGCGAUUAGUCUCUGUGGAGAGGUGGAGUUAGGCAAGAAUUUGGUCGCUGCUCACAAGGCUUUUAAAAAUGCCCAGUUGACAUUUGAUGCCUUCUCAAAGGAUCCUGCCGCAAUUCUGGCUGACAAAAAACUUGUUUGUUACAUGGAUGGGCGCUUUUACUCGUGGAACAAUGCUAUGCCUCAGUUAGUGGCACUCUUGUUUUUCCAUCAGCCUCUCUCGGAUGUCCCGAGCCUCAAUCUCAAAGGCCAAAAGGCAUCAGCAGAGCAAGAUCGACCCAGCUCUACCCGAUUCGGUACAAUUUCUCGCUGGUUCAGGAAAACCAACACUGGCACUGGUUCUUCAUCUUCUACUCUUGAUGCAACGUCUACUUCUACAACAGUAGCACCGUCCAAUGAAUCAGACGCUGUCGCCAUUGGUCCAGAUGAUACUGAGAUACGUCCAGUGAACAAGGCUUUGAGAAGUAAAUCUCUACCACCAUUAGAGUCCACCAACAACAGUGAAAAUGAUCACAACCAUAUUGCUGUGCCUACACUAUCCGAAAAGAAGGAAGGGGUUGAAGAAAAGAAGCGCUACGCCAAGACGCUUCGUUUGACAUCUGAUCAGCUACGCUUGUUGAACCUGAAAAAGGGCGCAAACACAGUCUCGUUUUCGGUCUCCUCCCCAUACCAAGGCACGGCAACGUGUGUAGCAAAGAUCUUCCUAUGGGAUUACGACGCACGGGUAGUGAUUUCGGAUAUUGAUGGAACCAUCACCAAAUCCGAUGCAUUGGGCCAUAUAUUUGCCAUGGCUGGUCGUGAUUGGACUCAUCUCGGUGUUGCCAAGCUAUUCACGGAUAUCAGGAGCAAUGGAUACCACAUUUUGUAUCUGACAUCACGAGCUAUCGGCCAAGCUGAUUACACACGCAAGUACCUGCAAAAAGUUGAGCAGAACAGCUACCAGUUGCCGGAUGGUCCAGUAAUCAUGAGUCCUGACCGUCUCUUCUCGGCUUUCCAUCGUGAAGUCAUUAUUCGAAAACCCGAGGUGUUCAAGAUGGCGUGCUUACGUGACAUCAAGAAACUCUUUGGGGAUAGAGAUCCUUUCUAUGCGGGCUUUGGAAACCGCAUUACAGAUGCUCUUUCUUACAGAGCUGUGGCUGUGCCCUCAUCCAGAAUCUUUACAAUUGAUUCUUAUGGAGAGGUCAAGCUGGAACUACUGAGCGCCUUCAAAUCUUCGUACUUGGCACUGAACGACUUGGUGAACGAGAUUUUCCCUGGAGAGCAAGUGGCACCUGAGUAUAAUGACUGGAAUUAUUGGAAGCAAGAACUUCCAAAAAUCGAUCUGCCAGACCUUCCAUUGGCUCCAGACAACUAUACCGGUACCGGAUCAUCUUCAUUGACAACUGUUGCAAAGAGGAUGGCAUCGCUGACCCACUCUUCCUCAAGCAGCACACUUCACCAACCCACCUCGCCUACACAAUCCGCAGUUGAUACAAAGGGCAAGCGUGAUUCAUCAUAUGAGAGAAGCAGCUACGCCAGUCUCUUGAGCCGUAAUGAGACGUGGACUAGUGAUGAUGAUACUCAGGACCAACAACAGCACCAUAGCCAGGAGGACACUACGCACCAAAAGUCGGGACCCGAGCAGCUGAAAGAAGAGUCGAAAAAGUCAAAAACUGGUUCUCCUUCUAUGCUCUCUGCUCUUGUUCCUGCUCGAUUCAUGCGUGCUGUUCGAAGCGGCAGUACCGGUAACCAAGCAACGCUUACUCCUCAGCCUAUGACAUCUACGUUUACUCAAUCUCCUAACAUGAACCCAAUCAUAGACUCAUUGCCAUCACCAUCCUUGAUUGGACCGGACGACGUUGUGCGGCCCGAGCCGUUCUCAUCAUCUCCUCCUUCAGAUGGUCUGUUACAUAUGGAAGAAAACAUCGCUAAAACUUUGGAGAAACCACAGAGCGAAGGUAUCGCUACAGUCAAAGAUGAAGAUGGGGACGAAGAAAUUGCAGCAAAGAAGCUGUUGCAGCAUCCCAAUGCUGAAGCAGGUGGUGAAGAUGGUACUCUUGAGGAAGAGGAAGGAUAUGGUGGUGAAGAAGAAUAUCAAGGUGAUUACGAAGACGAUGAUGAAGGCGAGUAUGGCGAUGAAGAGGACGAAAACGACGAGGACGAGUACCUGGAACAGAUUGGGAAUGUUCCAUAUUGAAGAAAAGACUUUAUCUGAUUUAAUUUUAUUGCAUCUUUUUGUUUGUAUGAUGCCACCUCAUGUACCAUACCAUUCCAUUUUAUCAUU